AUGGCCAACGUCUCCAAGAAGGUGUCGUGGUCCGGUCGCGACCUGGACGACGAGGAAGCGACUCCGCUGUUGCGGAGGACGGUACGGUCUGGAGCGCCGCCCGGCGAGGGGACGCCGCUGCUGAACGGCGCCGGGCCCGCGGCUCGCCAGCCGCCUCCCUCCGCAUUUUUCCAGAUCGGACAGACAAGCGUCCUGGAGCUGGAUGAUGAGCUGCUGGACCCGGGGAUGGACCCCCCUCAGCCCUUCCCCAAGGAGAUCCCCCACAAUGAGAAGCUGCUCUCCCUGAAAUAUGAGAGCCUGGAUUAUGACAACAGUGAGAACCAGCUAUUCCUAGAGGAGGAACGGAGUAUCAACCACACGGCCUUCCGGACGGUAGAGAUCAGGCGCUGGGUCAUCUGCGCCCUCAUCGGCACCCUCACGGGCCUAGUGGCCUGCUUCAUCGACAUCGUGGUGGAGAACCUGGCUGGUCUCAAGUACAGGGUCGUCAAGGACAACAUUGACAAGUUCACGGAGAAAGGGGGCCUGUCCUUCUCCCUGCUGCUGUGGACGCUGCUGAACUCCGCCUUUGUGCUCGUGGGCUCGCUGAUCGUGGCCUUCAUAGAGCCGGUGGCAGCAGGCAGUGGAAUCCCCCAGAUCAAGUGCUUUCUCAAUGGCGUAAAGAUCCCCCAUGUGGUGCGGCUCAAGACCCUGGUGAUCAAAGUGGCUGGAGUGAUCCUGUCUGUGGUGGGCGGCCUGGCUGUGGGGAAGGAAGGACCCAUGAUCCACUCAGGCUCUGUCAUUGCUGCUGGCAUCUCCCAGGGCAGGUCCACGUCACUCAAGCGGGACUUCAAGAUCUUUGAAUACUUCCGCAGAGACACGGAGAAGCGGGACUUUGUCUCUGCAGGGGCUGCAGCCGGUGUCUCAGCUGCCUUUGGGGCCCCUGUAGGCGGUGUCCUCUUCAGUUUGGAGGAAGGUGCGUCCUUCUGGAACCAGCUCCUGACCUGGAGGAUUUUCUUCGCCUCCAUGAUCUCCACCUUCACCCUCAACUUUGUGCUCAGCAUCUACCGUGGGAACAUGGGGGACCUCUCCAGCCCCGGCCUCAUCAACUUCGGGAGGUUCGACACCGAGAAAAUGGUCUACACCAUCCACGAGAUCCCCAUCUUCAUCGCCAUGGGCGUUGUUGGGGGUAUGCUGGGAGCUGUGUUCAACGCCUUGAAUUACUGGCUGACAAUGUUCCGGAUCAGGUACAUCCACCGGCCCUGCCUACAAGUGCUCGAAGCUGUGUUGGUGGCUGCCGUCACCGCCACGGUGGCCUUUGUGAUGAUCUACUCCUCCCGGGACUGCCAGCCUCUGCAGGGCAAUGCCAUGUCCUACCCACUCCAGCUCUUCUGUGCCGACGGCGAGUACAACUCCAUGGCGGCUGCCUUCUUCAACACCCCAGAGAGGAGUGUGGUCAGCCUCUUCCACGACCCUCCAGGCUCCUACAACCCCAUGACGCUCGGCCUCUUCACCCUCGUCUACUUCUUCCUGGCCUGCUGGACCUACGGGCUGACCGUGUCUGCCGGCGUCUUCAUCCCCUCCUUGCUCAUCGGGGCCGCCUGGGGCCGCCUCUUCGGCAUCUCCCUGUCCUACCUCACGGGCGCUGCAAACUGGGCAGACCCCGGCAAGUACGCCCUAAUGGGAGCAGCUGCCCAGCUUGGUGGGAUCGUGAGGAUGACACUGAGUCUGACGGUCAUCAUGAUGGAGGCCACCAGCAACGUCACCUACGGCUUCCCCAUCAUGCUGGUCCUCAUGACAGCCAAGAUCGUAGGGGACGUCUUCAUCGAGGGCCUGUACGACAUGCACAUUCAGCUGCAGAGUGUCCCCUUCCUGCACUGGGAGGCCCCGGUCACCUCACACUCGCUCACAGCCAGGGAGGUCAUGAGCACCCCGGUGACCUGCCUGAGGAGGAUGGAGAAGGUUGGCAUCAUCGUGGACAUCCUCAGCGACCCUACUUCCAACCACAAUGGCUUCCCUGUGGUGGAUGAUGCUGGUGAUGCCCAGCCUGCCCGGCUCCAGGGCCUGAUCCUGCGCUCCCAGCUCAUCGUCCUUCUGAAGCACAAGGUGUUUGUGGAGCGCUCCCACCUGGGCCUGCUGCAGCGCCGACUGAGGCUGAAGGAUUUCCGGGACGCCUACCCCCGCUUCCCGCCCAUCCAGUCCAUUCACGUGUCCCAGGACGAGCGCGAGUGCUCCAUGGACCUGUCCGAGUUCAUGAACCCCUCCCCCUACACGGUGCCCCAGGAGGCGUCUCUGCCGAGGGUGUUCAAGCUGUUCCGGGCCCUGGGUCUGAGGCAUCUGGUGGUGGUGGACAAUCGCAACCAGGUGGUGGGGCUGGUCACCAGGAAGGACCUUGCAAGGUACCGGCUGGGCCGAGGUGGCCUUGAGGAGCUCUCGUUGGCCCAGACAUGA